ACAUCUCUUAACUUUGUAAAAGACCAUUAAUGUUAGGUCUUGUACACACAAUGUGUAACACAUCUCUUAACCUUGUAAAAGACCAUUAAUGUUAGGUCUUGUACACACAAUGUGUAACACAUCUCUUAACCUUGUAAAAGACCAUCAAUGUUAGGUCUUGUACACACAAUGUGUAACACAUCUCUUAACCUUGUAAAAGACCAUCAAUGUUAGGUCUUGUACACACAAUGUGCAACACAUCUCUCAAACUUGUAAAAGAUCAUCAAUGUUAGGUCUUGUACACACAAUGUGUAACACAUCUCUCAACCUUGUAAAAGACCAUCAAUGUUAGGUCUUGUAUACACAAUGUGUAACACAUCUCUCAAACUUGUAAAAGACCAACACUGUUAGGUCUUGUAGAGAAAAUGGCCAACAGAUAUUUCAACCUUUUAUUGAGCAUACCAUGUGACACAUUUCUUAUAAAAGUUAGUUAUCUCAAACAUGGGUGGAGCAUAAUUUAAAAAAUAGUAAAAUGUGCAAAUUGUCUAGCAUAGUUGAAAACAUGAAUGUUUAUAGCAGUAGUUGGCAAUGUCUUAAUGAGUAUUUUUGUUGUUUAAUCAGUUGUUGUUGUUUUUCUAUGAUAUAAAAAUAGUAAAACGUGCAAAUUGUCUAGCAUAGUUGAAAACAUGAAUGUUUAUAGCAGUAGUUGGCAAUGUCUUAAUGAGUAUUUUUGUUGUUUAAUCAGUUGUUGUUUUUCCAUAAUUUAGAAAAUAGUAAAAAGAUGUAUAGAAGUUUUGCACAAGUAUUUGAAUUUAUUUUUUUAGGAAACAGAAAACAGCCUAAUAAGCCCCUAAUUCGUCUGCGUGUUGAAUACACAGAUAAAUAUGAGACUUUCAGUGUUAAUCGUUUUGGCCAGAAGUACGUAGACAAAGUGGCUAAUCCCAAGGAUAUCAUCCAUUUUCAUCGUAAAAGAGCAGAAGGCAGUAAACCUUUCAAAGUUGCUGUUGAUAUGGAACAAUUACAGAAAGUUCUAAAACAAGAAGGUUUAGAUCAGUCUCGAGUAGAAGACCUGGUCAAAGAAUAUUUUGAAGCUGCAGAUGAUAAUCGAAAAUUAUUUUUGCUCUCCGAGACAGGGAUGGGGGCAGCCGUUCAGGAGUUUGUUGAUAAAGAUGUUCGAGAAGCUAUUCCAGAUCUCAUUAACCAUCAGGUAGAAAAAGUUCAGAAUUUUUUGAAACAGAAGGAUAUUGAUGACAAAACUAUUGAUGAUGAGAUACAAAGGUAUAAGGAAGAAAGGAAAAAGACCACACAAGAAGUGCAGGAGGUACAAGCAGCACUAGAAAAAGCUCGCCAGAGGGCUACUGAAGUUAUUCAUAAUUCAGAUGACGAGAUGAAUGUGGAUGAGGAAAUGGAUGAGAGUAGUGGCUCGGGCCAUUUAAACACUCGUGGAAAAGGACGAGGUGCUCAAUCGAGAAGAGGAUCUAGAUCUAACACUACGCUCAGCGCCGAAUCCAAUGUUGCCGCUAACAAAAGAGGUCGUGGCCGAGGAAGAGGCAGAGGCCGUGGGUCAAAAAAGGACAGCACAGAAGCUCCCGUGAGGAACACUUUGAAACAAGCCUUCAUAAAACAAUUUAAAAAAGAAAACAAAGUUUUUAUGACUCACCAGUUGAAAUCAGUUCAGGAGAUGAGUACGAUUCUCCACCAAAAAAAACAAAAACUGAGUCACAGGAUCAAAUUGGAUGGAGUCGUACGAAACAUGUGAACAAAAAUACUACUAUUGGCAGUCAGAGAAAGCAGCUUAGGAAAGGAACAGUUUAUGACUCUGGUGAUUCAGAUGAUGAUGAUGAUAACAGAAAUCCAUUUGACUAAUAGCAGUGAUGGAAACUUGGUGCAGAAUAAGUAAAUCUUGAAUCAUUGCAAUCGGAUUCUUUCAGUUUGAUCGUAACACUACGUUGACAUAUAACGACCUGUAGUGAAUAUGUAAAAGCAUUAAAGACAUACAUAAUGCAUUAAGAUUUUGUAGAAUCAUAGUCCUGAUGGAAGUAAAUAACAGUUGAUGAUAAAACACAUUAUUCAGUUUUUUUAUUAUUGAUGUCAGUAUUCACUGAAUACUGUGUAUCCUAAGUUUUAUGUUCAUAGUAGAAAACAUGUUUUAUCAGAGAUUUACUUUUAAAACUUCAAUUUUUUUUAUCUUAUUGUGUUCCUACACAUUUUAAUUUCUUAGAAUAUAUGAUUGAGCUUUCUGCACUUAGAAUAUUUAAUUCCAAAGUGAUUUUUCUUGUGUUAUUGGGUCAGAUUUUCAGUAUUAAUCUCUGGUUGUAUUAAUAGUCCUAAGAAAAAUUGUUGAACCUUUAAUUUUAUACCCAACUUCCAUUUGCAAAAGAAAAUUACCUUUAAUAAGCCUCAGAUGAUAAUAUAUUGUAGAAGUGUAUAAACUUAGCAUUUUCUCUGUUUUACGAGUAACAUUUGUGCGAAGAUAUUGUGAUCUAGUGUUUCUGAGGUGAUAAAUUUCGCAAUUUUUUUCUCCCUGUGUAAAAUAUCAAAAUAAAUUUUACAAAUUAUGGGCAAAAAAAAAUGUUUGUAGUUUAUACAUCU